AUGGCCGCACUCGCCAGCUCACUCAUCCGGCAACGACGGGAGGUGAAGGAUCCGCAGGCCAACCGGCAGAUCGCCAACAAGCGCAAGCCCUGCCCCAAGAGCAACAAGUCCCUCUGCCAGAAGCAGAUCCUCAUCCUCAUCUCCAAGGAACACUUUACGCCGGAGUGUAAAUUUAAGGAGUGUGUGUUCGAGAACUACUAUGUGACGUACUCGUCCAUCCUGUACCGGCAGACCCAGUCGGGGCGGGCCUGGUACAUUGGCAUAAACCGCGACGGCCAGGUCAUGAAGGGCAACCGGGUCAAGAAGACCAAGGGGGCCGCCCACUUCCUACCCAAACUCAUAGAAGUGGCCAUGUACAGAGAGCCUUCACUGCACGAGAUCGGAGAGCAGAGCCCUCCACGGAAAACGGCCAAGACAUCUGACUCGCCCGUCCACCAGAAAAGCAAAAAAGAAGCACCGACCAAGACGGCCGCCUCCUAGCGCCGGCCGAAACCGGGGCACGGACGUGAAUGUGACCAUGGGACAAGAGCACAGGGCAGGGCACACACAAACAAACAAGCAAACAAACAAAUAAACAAAAAUAACUAACAAACUAACCCAAGGAAAAAAACAAAUCAGUGCGAACUACAUGCAUCUGACCUCGGAGAACUACAUUUCCCAUGAUUCAGUUCUGGGCAUCACUGAACCCUACCUGACAGAUAUGGAACCCAUGGGAAUCUGCCCCGUCUUGCCCAGCCCACUGACAACAACCAACCAACACUCAACCCCAAAUAUACUUGCUGAUUUCAGAGCAAUAAAACUGACCACGCAGAAGAGGUGUGAGACUUGUGGCCCAUCACAGUAGUCUUCCCUCCCGCUGAGUCGAAGAGGAAUGGAAACAUUUCCUUUUGAUUGUUUUUGACAUUGCUAAAACACGCUGCUCCCAAGAAGCAAUACGCUCACACACACACACACACACAUUUUUGUUAUUUUGUCGUAUCCUUAGAUAACCUCGAUAUUCAAAAAUAGGGCCACUCCAACACAAAGACAACACACACGCACACACACACACACACAUCCGCUGAGUUAUACUAGUACAUGAUGAGGGGCCUAUAGUCCGCUCCUUCUCUCACACAGACACACAUGCACACAGACACAUAUGCACACACACACACACACACACAUACACAUAAACACACACAUCCACUGAGUUAUACUAUUACAUGCUGAGAGGCCUAUUAGUUCCCUCCUUCUCUCAUGUGCGAUCCGAGCAAUAUGGCCUUUUUCUGCCCCUCCUCUCAUAAUUCCUCCUCCAUCUCAGUUUGAUUACUUCAUCACUUUUCAACUUGUCAAUUUUUCACUUGACAGCACUUGAAAAACCCCACUCAUGUCUCCGGGGAAAGGGGGAACACGUGGAGGAAAAAAAGGGAAAAACGAGGGAAGACGAAAAAGAGGACUCUCUCACACAGCAUUCUGGGUAUUUUAAAAUCUCAGCAGAGAGAUAACGAAAGCCCAUUCCUUGUUAUACUUAUGCCCACUCACUCCAUUUUUUCUUAUAUACCUGCAUCAGCACUGCUGUGUGUGACAGGGAGCGUGUGUGUGUGUGUGUGUGUGUGUGUGUGUGUGUGUGUGUAUGCAUGCAAGUGUGAUUUUUCGAGGGGAAGUCGAAAAGAAGUUCUUUUUUUACGAGCCGGGUGACGUUUUUUUGUUCGUUUCGUCCCCCCCCCCCCCCCCCCCACGUUUUAAGAGCACACUUAAAGAAAGUUCCCUGUCCAAACAUUUUCGGGAUGAAUCACAACGAGCUCUGGCUGGCGAGCGGCCGGUCACGCAGGCGGGUGCGCUGGCACUCUGAGUGCGUGCCAAGCAGCAGUGGUGCCAGCCAAAUGAGAGGAGCUCGGUAGAGUCCUCUCAAGGUGAACAGUGUCUGCUCGUGCUUGGCACUCCCCAGAACACAGCCAGUGCCAAUCGCAGAGGGUAUGUCUUAGAAAAAGCAAAAAGAGAUGUUGGAGGGUUUUUUUUCUGAGAAGUGACACUUUUACUUCUAUUUUUAAUAUUUUAACAUUUUUUUAUUUUGAAUGUGAAUUUCUGGCAAUCUGGCAGUUGUUUAUAUAUUGGUCCUUGAUAUUUCAAAAGUUUAAAGCCGAAAUUUCAAUAAGGAUCACUACUCUGACUUUGCACUCAUACUUGUUUUGAUCUUUUGGAACACUCCCUUCUCAUGUUAGCCGAUAGACACAACAAACAAUUGCAGAAAUGGCAAACAACAUCAUUACUUGUACAUCAGACACUGAAUACCAUUACUGACCUAACUACUAUUCUACUUUGAAAAGCUAGUGCCUGAUAAACUUAUUUACAUGUGAUAUAUUUUUGUUUGUUUGUUAGCCGUUAGCAUGCCUCAUUACUGCGUGCUCAUGUAAUCACUAAAAGGCUGAUCUACUGAGCCCAAACUUUACCACAAUGCACUACACUCAAUACUAAGUAUGCAAAGGAAAACCAAGCCUUGUCUUACUUAUUCAGUAAAGACAUAUAUUUAUUUGCCUGUUGUUCUAACUGUCAUAAAAAAACAUUGCAAGAAAAUGUGACAUACUCACACACACACACACACACACACACACACACAUACAAACUGUAAACUAUAGACAGUCAAUGACUGGUAAUAAUGAUCAAGGAAAGGCAAAUGGCACAUCAUUUUAACACAUAUCUGCUCAGUGCAAUAAUACCUUAAGUCCAGGUUGGCUAGGCAAAGCCGACCCCAUUUGCUGCUUGUGAGCUGUCUGCCCUGUCUCACGCGCCUGCUUGAGAGAUAAUCUGAGCAUUUUAAGGGUGCUUCAGUGAUAUUACAAAUUUAGGAGUGGGAGUUUAUUUAUAUCUUGAGAGAGGAGAGGGUGGAUUUGAGAUUCCCUCUUGAGCCUGUGCUUCCCUUUGUGGUGAAGUUUGUUUGCCUGAAGGGGUCUGAAUAUGAAAGACAGACAUAUUGGUGUCUUUGGGGACGUGUGUGGUAAUACUUGUUUUAUAUGUCAUUGGCCUCUAGGGAUAAACAAAGCCAACAGAUUGAGACCAUCCGCAAUAAACAGACAAAUGCUUUGGAUAAGGAGCUUGGUCUGCUACUCUGGCUGAUGAUAUCCGGACCGUGCAUCAGGGCUAUUCUCAAACAAUAGGCUAGUGUGCCCAGUCCAGCUAUGAACCUGGCCCACCCUAACCCACACUAAAUCUGGGUGUGAUGUGUUGCUGGUGUUUUUACAUUGCCUCUUCAGCUUGCUCUGAAGAGCUGAAGGUUCUCAGAGGGCUUGUUUGACUGUGUCUUCUAUCCUACAAAAGCUGUGAUAUGCCCCCUAUCCCCCCAUUUACUAACAGAAAUAACCUUUGAAGAAAGUUCUUAUCCACCUGGAACUAUAAAAAGUUCCACUUCAAUCCCUUCUAGACUAAUUCAAGCUCAAUCUGACUCAUACAGUCACAAUUUAAUCUUCAAGAGUUUUUUUUUUUUCUCUCCCUUCAGUUGAUGCUUGAUUGUACAGUCCCUGCAGGAGUAAAGGCAGGAUGCUUAAAAGCAAAAAAAGAAAAGGGAAGGGUAGAAAAAGAAAGGAUAGAAAAAGUGAAUGAAAGAAAGAAAGGGAGGGAAAACGAAUGGAGGUCUCCAAGGCUACGACUGUAGAGUGAUUAACACUACCACCCUACGUCCAGACUAAUGACUUCCAUUAAACUGCUAAAUUGGUCUUUGGUUUUUUGA